AUGUGGACGCCUGCGUCGUGUGUAAUCAUCGUUUGUUCUGCUCUGGUAGUGUUUCUUCAUGACCAAAUUGUAGCGACCCAUGUCCGCUACAACGGUGUGCCUCCGACUGUUCGUGUCGGAGGCCUCUUCGACACGGCGCCAUCAGAGGACGACGAGCGGGCUUUCACGUACGCUGUGGAACGUGUCAACCUCAACAACGACGUGCUGCCCCGAACUACGCUGCUUCCCCUACUCGAAACACUCAAGCCAAGAGACAGUUUCCAUGCAUCGAAAGCCGUGUGCAGCAUGCUCAAGCAGGGCGUGUCCGUGGUGCUCGGACCUCGCACUCCCUCCGUGGUGUCCGUGCUGGGUUCCACAUGCAGUGCCUUCCACGUGCCCCAUGUACAGACCAGCUGGAGUGCGCCUGUGGCUGAUCCGGCGUCGGGCCAGCGUCUGUUCUCGGUCAAUGUGUAUCCACAUCCGGACGUACUCAGUCGUGCCUACGUGGACCUCGCGCUCAAGACGAGCCGCUGGAAGAGCGUCACCGUUAUCUACGAGGAAAGUGACAGUUUUGUUCGCAUGAAAGAUGUGCUGAACACCUCGUUCGCACUGGGCGCCGCAGUCAACCUGAUGCUGUAUCGGCCAGACGGUGGUGCCGUCAAGACACUGCUUAAGCGGGUCGACCUCGCCAAAGAGUUCAACAUCGUGCUUGACGUGCCUACGGAGCGUGUGUACGAGUUCCUCGAAGCGGCAUCUGAAAUUGGAAUGAUGACAGAAUAUUACAACUACAUCAUUACUUCCUUGGACACGCACACGCUGGACAUGACGCGUUUCCAGGGGGCUCAGGCCAACGUGUCGGCCCUGCGGCUCGUUGACCUGGACAAGGAGGAGUCCAGAAAGCUGCUUCAUGACUGGACCAACUCGGAGCUUCGCUUCGGACGCCGCGCUGUGGAAAUGACUGCGCUGAGGACAGAGCUGGCUCUGCUGUUCGACGCGGUGUCUUUAUUUGCCCGAGCACUUCACGACAUGGAGCAUGUAGAAAACUUCGAAUUAAAGUCCUUCUCCUGUGAGGCGCCUUCCAACUGGACCAACGGGGAGGCUCUGCUACAGCGUCUAAAAACGGUCCACGUAAAGGGGCUUACUGGCUACGUACGUCUUGACGAAGAUGGAUUGAGGACUGACUUCUCCCUGAACGUCAUUGAGCUCAAAUCAAGGGGCUUCGAGAAGGUUGGCACGUGGACACGUCGCACGGGCAUACGCUUCGUCCGCGGCUACGUGCAGCAAAAGCAGGAAGAGCUCACUGACGUCAUCCAGAACAGAACGUUCCGUGUCUCCACCAUUGUGAACCCACCGUACACCAUGCUCAAAAAGGAUGCCCAUCUGCGCACCGGCAACGAUCGCUUCGAGGGUUACGCAGUGGACCUCAUGGAUGCACUGGCACGAAAGAUCGGCUUCCAGUACGAAAUGCACCUCGUAAAAGACAACGCUUACGGCAGCAACGCCUCGGGAGAGUGGAAUGGCAUGAUACGUGAAAUCAUUGACAGAGAGGCGGACAUGGCCAUCGUGGACCUCACCAUCACAUACAUGCGAGCACAAGUGGUCGACUUUACGAUGCCCUUCAUGAAAACCGGCAUUAGUAUCUUAUUCCGGAAGCCACUCCUGGACAACCCCCCUCUGUUCUCCUUUCUUCUGCCUUUCUCUGUGGACGUGUGGCUCUACAUGCUCACAGCCUACCUAGCUCUCAGCCUGUGGUACGGGUUCCUAGGACGGUUCAGUCCCAUGGAAAAUCGUUUCGCUCUAAUUCGUUUCACCUCCGGUACGGCCGCGCCUCAGUGGGACACUGAGGAAAUAGAGAAGGAGCUGGACAUCACCCAUCGGUUCUGGUUCGCCAUCGGUUCCCUCAUGCAACAGGGCUCGGACCUUAACCCCAGGUGA